AUGGCAAAUUUAGUCCUACCCAACCCGACAUUUCAAUUUUAAAAUAGGUCUUGACUGGUGUGAUAUCGUGCUCAAUUGAAUCUCCUAACAAGAUAUUCAAGGAAAUUUAUAUUCUUUAUUUGUCUUUCUGUUGAAAUACUAAAAAGCCAGUAUGCCUAACAUAAAAUUAAGCAGCUCUGAUGGUGAAAUAUUUGAGGUUGACGUAGAGAUAGCAAAACAGUCUAAUACAAUAAAGACCAUGUUGGAGGAUUUAGGCAUGGACGAUGAAGACGAUGAAGUUGUUCCAUUACCAAACGUCAACGCUGCCAUCUUAAAACGAGUUAUCCAAUGGUGCACAUUCCAUAAAGACGAUCCUCCACCGCCAGAAGACGAUGAAAACAAAGAGAAAAGAACCGACGAUAUUUCAAGCUGGGAUGCUGACUUUUUGAAAGUAGAUCAAGGUACUCUAUUUGAGUUAAUAUUGGCUGCGAAUUAUUUGGAUAUUAAGGGUCUUCUUGAUGUGACCUGCAAAACAGUUGCCAACAUGAUAAAAGGUAAGAGUCCUGAGGAAAUUAGGAAGACUUUCAACAUCAAGAAUGACUUUACACCGGCCGAAGAGGAACAAGUUAGACGUGAGAACGAAUGGUGUGAAGAGAAGUAAUUAUUUCGAUGAGAAUUUAGAGCAGGAAAAAUAGCUUAAAUAUAAUAUUUUCCUGAGAAAUAUAUAAAUAUAUGGGACUUAAUCUGUCUUUGUGGAAUGUAAAUUUGAAUGUAGAUACCUUAUGCUUUAAUGACUUAUGUCACGUCUUCGUUUCCCGUGUAUUAUUUUAAAAACAAAAGCUAGAAUAAAUUUUCAUCCACGUCCUGCUCAAGAUUCUACUAGAGGUUAUUAAUUUUUUAUCAUCCCCAUUUCUUUCCUCUAUACUCCUAAAAAAGGAGACACUAUUAAAUUAUACUUUUGAUCUAUAUGUCUGUAUCGGAUCAAUUUAUAGCAGAUUCAAAUGAAACAUUGCUACAACAAUUAUAUUAUU